CCUGCCUCCUCCUCCUCAGCCUUGCCAAGAUGGCGGCGGAGCAGCGCUGCGGCGGCGGCGGCAGCUUCCAAGUCGCGCGGCCUGAGGGCUGUGUGUGGCCCGCCUUGGCAGCGGCGGGAGGGACCUAGUGGGCCUCCCUCAGGCCUCCUCCUCAGCUUAAAGAAGUGUGUUUAUUUUGCCUCACAAAUCAACUUACCAUUUCUGUGCUGGUGACUGAACAAAGUGGUCUUAGAAAGGUCUCCUUCAUAUGAGCACCAUGAGACCCUUGAGAAAGUGAUUGUGAAUUGUGUUCAGUUGUUUGCUGCAUCAAAAACUAGCGUGUGGAUUAUUCUUGCACUGCAUUCCCAGUUACAGAUUGUCAAGUGAGAGUGAUCAUCAUGUGACCAGCAAGCCAAUUCACUGAGGCACUUCUUCAGUUUGUGGAGAGCCAUUGCAUUCUUACCACGAUGCCUGGCAUUUGCUUCUAAAUCCAAGGAAUUCAUAAUUUCACAUGACCCACCUCCAUCCUAGGACUCUUCUGAGACAGUGGAGGAACAGAGAAGAGAGGCAGCAUUCAGAGGAGCAAUGGGACUUGAAUGCCAUGGUCACUUGAGAUAAAUGGCAGAUCACUGGGCAUCUAGUCCUGUAGCUGCUUGCUUAACCUUUAUCCCUCUCUACAGCCCACGUUUCUUCUGUGUGAGCUGUCACUGGCUCUUCCAGUGGUGGCGGUGGAGACAUCGAAGGCAGCUUGGUUGGUGCCAAGCUUAAGGAAGGGAUAAGCAACCCACCUCACCAUGAGUCAGCUGUGGAAAGUAGUGAGGCAUGUGCGACAGCUGGAACUCCACAGAUUGAUCUUGCUGCUCAUUGCCUUCAGCCUGAUCUCCAUGUGCUUCCUGGCUUACUAUGUCACCAACAGCCCUAAAAUCAAGGAACCACCCCCAUUGCCCUUCAGUGAUUGCAGCAACCAGCACAGGGUCCUAAUUCAACCCCAAGCAAGCUGGAGGCUUACAAAAUCAGUGGAUAACUCACGCACAGACCCUGUGGUGCUAGUUUUUGUAGAAAGUAUCUAUUCCCAAUUGGGGCAGGAGAUUGUGGCUAUCUUGGAAUCUAGCCGGUUUAAAUAUAGGACAGAGAUUGCCCCUGGAAAGGGGGACAUGCCCACCCUAAUAGACAAGGACCAUGGUCGAUACGCUCUUAUUAUCUAUGAGAACAUCCUUAAAUAUGUGAAUUUGGAUACAUGGAACAGGGAUCUGUUGGACAAAUACUGUGUGGAGUAUGGUGUAGGGAUCAUUGGUUUCUUCAAGGCCAAUGAGAACAGCUUGCUUAGUGCUCAACUAAAGGGUUUUCCUCUCUUUCUACAUUCCAAUCUGGGGUUGCGAGACUAUCACAUCAACCCUAGUGCCCCACUGCUGUAUGUGACACAAGCUAAUGAAGUUGAACAAGGUCCUCUCCCUGGUGAUGAUUGGACAGUGUUCCAGUCAAAUCACACAACUUACGAACCUGUGUUGAUGGCCAGCACCAAGUCGUCAGAGUCAAUCCCUCACCUGACCACCCAUAGAGCUUUGCACGCUACAGUGGUGCAAGACUUGGGUCUGCAUGAUGGCAUCCAGCGAGUCCUUUUUGGUAACAACCUCAACUUCUGGCUGCAUAAGCUCAUCUUUGUGGAUGCUAUUGCUUACCUGACUGGCAAGCGUCUUUGUCUCACCCUUGACCGCUACAUCCUUGUGGACAUUGACGAUAUAUUUGUGGGCAAAGAGGGCACACGCAUGAAGGUGUCGGAUGUGGAGGCUCUGCUGAACACGCAGAACAAAUUGAGGACUUUAGUUCCCAAUUUCACUUUCAACCUGGGAUUCUCUGGGAAAUUCUAUCACACUGGUACCGAUGAGGAAGAUGAAGGGGAUGACAUGCUGCUAAAACACAGGAAGGAGUUCUGGUGGUUUCCUCAUAUGUGGAGUCACAUGCAGCCACAUCUUUUUCACAACGUCACUGUUUUGGCUGAGCAGAUGAAGCUCAACAAACAGUUUGCUUUGGAGCAUGGGAUCCCCACAGACAUGGGUUAUGCAGUUGCCCCUCAUCACUCAGGUGUUUAUCCUAUUCAUGCACAGCUCUACGAGGCAUGGAAAACUGUCUGGGGCAUUCAGGUGACUAGCACAGAAGAAUAUCCUCACCUUCGUCCUGCCCGAUACCGACGAGGGUUUAUCCAUAAUGGGAUCAUGGUGUUACCUCGACAGACUUGUGGUCUUUUUACUCACACCAUCUUCUAUAAUGAGUAUCCUGGUGGUUCUAAGGAGCUGGACAAAAGUAUCCGUGGUGGUGAACUAUUCCUGACAGUACUCCUAAACCCAAUCAGUAUCUUCAUGACACACCUAUCCAAUUAUGGGAAUGACCGGCUAGGACUUUACACUUUUGAAAGCCUUGUCAAAUUUGUGCAGUGCUGGACCAACCUUCGUCUUCAAACGCUUCCACCCAUCCAAUUGGCCAAAAAGUAUUUUGAGAUAUUUUCAGAGGAGAAGGAUCCUCUCUGGCAGAAUCCUUGUGAUGACAAGCGACAUAAGGACAUCUGGUCUAAAGAGAAGACAUGUGACCGGCUUCCCAAGUUCCUUAUUGUUGGUCCUCAAAAAACUGGAACAACAGCUGUACAUUUCUUUUUGUCCAUGCACCCAGCUGUUACAAGCAACUUCCCAAGCCCUACCACCUAUGAGGAGAUCCAGUUCUUUAAUGGACCCAACUAUCACAAGGGAAUUGAUUGGUAUAUGGAGUUCUUUCCUAUCCCUUCUAAUGCCAGCACAGACUUCAUGUUUGAGAAAAGUGCCAAUUAUUUUGACACUGAAGUGGUACCCAAGCGAAGUGCUGCUCUCCUUCCAAGGGCCAAAAUCAUUGCCAUUUUGAUUAACCCAGCAGAUCGAGCCUACUCCUGGUAUCAGCAUCAGCGUGCUCAUAGUGACCCCGUAGCACUCAACUAUACCUUCUACCAGAUAAUUUCUGCUGGGCCUCAAGCCCCUCCAGAACUGCACAACCUACAGAGCCGCUGUUUGAACCCUGGAUUGUAUUCCACACAUUUGGAAAGGUGGUUGGCUUAUUUUCCAUCUGGACAGGUUUUGAUUGUGGAUGGACAAGAACUCCGACACAGCCCCUCCACCAUCAUGGAGAACAUUCAGAAGUUUCUGGGGGUUACACCACUGUUUAAUUAUACCCAAGCACUCAAGUUUGAUGAAGCAAAGGGAUUUUGGUGCCAGGUGCUGGAAGGUGGGAAGACCAAGUGCCUGGGAAAGAGUAAAGGAAGAAAAUAUCCAGACAUGGAUUCCUCAUCUCGCAUGUUCCUGACAGACUUUUACCGUGAGCACAACAUGGAACUAUCCAAGCUCCUGAGCAAGUUUGGGCAGCCACUUCCCACUUGGCUCCGAGAAGAACUGCAGAAUUCUAGCUGGAGCUGAAGCCAAGGGCCCUGCCCCCAGUGUUAUCAGACACAUUGACGUGGGAGCCAUGUUGGGUGGGAAGAUACACAUACACACACACAACACGUAUUCUGCUGGCAUCUCUUCUCAACAAAAGUUGAACCAGAGGAUGGAGCAGAGAGUGUGCUGGCCUGAGUACAGACUGUGCACCUUGGAGUAUUAAUGGGUUUGUUAUAUUUGAAAGAUAUGCCAUGAACAGUCGCAUGCGGUAUUGAUGCCAUCCUUACCCUCCACCCCAAAAUUUGAGGACUGACUGACAAAGGAAUCCUUGUGGUCUGUAAUUCCCCCAUAAAAGGAAGUCUGGAGGAAGCGCUGUAAAUGACGAAAGCAUGCAAAUGUAUAAAAGGCUACUACUGGGACAUUUCUUACUAAUGUCCAAAAUACUCAGGAAGCUAGAAAGUGAAUGUCUUAAUAUUGUAAGCUGAGUGCUCCUUGUAUGUGGUUCGUGGGGUGAUUUUUCCAGAGUUGGCAGUAAUGGACAGCAGACUGCAUAUCCCUGAUUGUAGCCCUAGUUGUCCCAUUAAAUCUAUCCUAAGGUGGUGGGAAGGGGGAAGAAUCAUGUAUGAGGAGGCAUCAGGCACUUACAUUCUCAUGGGAGAGGUUCUACCUGUGACAGUAACAGAUCAGAUAAGUCACAGGCUAUAAAAGGAUAGUGUUCACUUUCAACUAAUCACUGCAGAGGAGAAAGGGGGUUCCCUGUGUGCGAUGCAGGCUGUUCUUUUGGUAAUCCCUUACCAUUAAUUUUUUUAGCAUGGCAUGGAGAUUAUGAAAUGAAAGACAAUUCAGCAUAUACUGGCUCAAACCUCCCACUUGGCUCUAAUGACUCCAACUUGCUCUUGGGAUCCAAUCCUGCCAUUUCCUCAUUGUAACCACUAUCUAUGUGAGUGGAAAACAGCAGAAACCCUGCCCAUCCCUCCAAACAUGCCUUAUGUACAGUGGCAGCUGCUCAAAACAAGAAGUGCCCAGUUCACUGGAGGUUAUGUUGCAGCCAAUUCUAACUGGAAAAUGCUGCAGGGCGAUUCCUGUAACUCAAUAUGUCCAUUCUAACUGGGAGAAUAGUGACUUCAGCCAAGCUUAUACAUUGAGCCUUAGCUAUUGUGCAUUUUAAUGGUAAUUCACCAUUAUUUGUAAAUAUAUAGUAUGGACUAUAUAAUAUUUCAUCCAAUGUGUCCCCAAGCAGAGGGAGAUGUUGUUUAACCAAAAAUGGAACCAACAAAUCUAAAACCCUGUGGCUGAAAAGAAAAAGCAAGUGCUGUGUUUGCUGCACUGGAUUCAUGUAUAAUAUCAUUCACAUUGAAUGAUAAUAAAUUCUUGGCUCUUGCAGCUGAGCACAAUGUCUAAAUAAAGAUUAGACGUAGCAUUUGGAAUCAAUAAAGGUAUUACUUUAUUUCUUUUUCAUUGCAGUUUUCAGUUAUGCUGCCUCAUUCCCAGAUUUAAACAGAAGCCACCUGUGAACGUAUGAACAUAAGAAAGCUGUUUCUACAUGGGGCUAUAGAAGACUGGACUGUAGGUACUCAGAUGAUAGAUACAGGUAAUAACAUGAAAGCUAGACAUCUUCAAAAAUAGUCAGGUCCACAAAGAAAUGCCACACUGCAGAGAGAAGCCGAUAGCUGACCAGAACCUACUCUAGGACACAUAUGUUGUUAAACCAUCCACAGACAUGAUCGUACUAUCAUAUUGAACCAAGUAAGUGGGAAACUAUUGUGACAGAACUCCAAGGCAGGAGCUAUAAGCCAAAGCAUGUGAAAGGAAAACGUUUUUAAUCUUUUAUUGGAGGGUUAGAGUGGUUAGGCCUGAUUUGACACAGUAAACCCAAUAAGGCAGCAGAUCCAAAAACCAUUCAUCUGAGAUUUCUUAAUACAGUAGUCCACUAAAGUGAGUCUUCUGAAAUGUAGGGACUGUGGUCAGACUAAGUUCAAAAGAAAGCUAUUUUAUUUAACUUGUGCAAAUAAAAAUAUAUUUAAGGAA